AUGGCGACAACGCCCAUGGAUACUCGGCCCCGUCCUGCCCUGACACCAUUAUGGACUCCUCACUAUAGCCUCGAUGGCACGCCUCGCUCGCCGCUCACGGUUCCACGCCACAGCCACAUCUACUCGCCCGCCCCGCGGUCGCCCAAGACUCUGCCAACCCCCACCCUCGUGGCAGAAACUCGAUCCAUGCUUCUAGCUGGCCUCUCGGACGAUGGUGACCGCAGACAAUCCGUUCCGUUCAACGCACGCCGAGCAUCCAAAGCCACGCAACCAAUUUCCCUAGAGGGCCUUCGAGCAUGGGGCCACGUCUACUAUGGCGACGCAAAGAAUGCCGACGUCUUUGUGAAUGCGGUAGCUCUUCGCCGGACAUCAGAUGCCAGCACGGCCUCAGAACACUCCAAUACGGAGGAGACGCCUCAGCACUCGCCCAACCCGGGCCAGCAGCCUCGCCGCCACUCGGUUGUCCGAGCACGCGUGCGCCCUCGCAACAUUGACAGAAAGCCGUUCCUCAUCCAGCGCGAGUUUGACCUGACUGAGCUGCGAUCUACCAUCCCAGAGCCCUUGCGAACGCAAUCUACGCCUGGUUUCCGCCGUGCGUCCCAAGCAGAGCUGUCGAGCCCAGCCCACCGCCGAACACUCGCCACGGCGGGGCGACGCUCAUCAACCAUUUCCCGACACGGACUGCAAUCCCCUACAGAAGGCAACUUCCCAACUUCUGUCCGAGAAUCUCGAGCACUCCGUGCCUCCAGCACGGCAGUCCCCGUUCACCUCGAGUAUGCUCGCGCACACCUUCCCGUGCUCGCUGCCCUCAUUGUCUCUGGCCAUGUUCGCGAAGGCGACGUGAUCGAUCUUCCGCUUCCACAUCCGGAAGCCUGGACCAACACGGUGGCUUACGUCUACACCGGCCAAGGCGAAAUGACUGAUGCCAUCCGAGAGAACAUUCUCCACUUGGCUGGCAAAGUCUGA